UUCCACCACGAACCAUCUUCUGUUGCGCGGCUUCCCCGCGGUGAAGCACGGUGACCAAUCGGCGCUACCUUUUGCCGAUGACUUUCCAAAGCUGCAGGCACGACCGCCAUAGCACCACGACCCUCACUGCUAUACCUACCAAACUCACGGCUACCCGACAGCAAGCCCUGAGACAGAGUCGCAAACAUGGCUGCAGUCGCACCCUUCAACCCGCGUCCUUUGCUCCAAAGCUUAGUCGACAAAGACAUCGUUGUCAGGUUAAAGUGGGGUGAGACCGAGUACAAGGGCAGACUCGUCUCGGUGGACCUCUACAUGAACAUCCAGCUGUCCAACACCGAGGAAUUCGUAAACGGCGUCAGCUCCGGCACUCUCGGACAAGUUCUGAUAAGAUGCAACAACGUCCUGUGGAUCGGAAAGGCCGAAGAGGUGGAACCCAAGGCGACCAAGGACACGGCCAUGAGCGGUUGAGACGCUCAAGACGGCAGACACGAUGCGCGAGACAAACUGAAAAUCGCAACACGAGCGCCCGGCGGCGGCGCGCAGAGGCUGUCUGGGAGCAAAGCUCACAUGCGCUCGCAGCAGGAAGGCAGUAGGUGUGCUCCACGUAGUAUGCGCACUGAAGAUACCACAGAGCAGAUAGGCGCACAAUUGGAAUGGGUAAAAGUCGGGAU